ACUUCUGAGCAUCUUCCUACGCAUUGGAAAGGGGUGUCGUUUUAGCUUUGUUUAGGCGAAAAGUCUAGACCGAGUGAUUGGCGAAUCGUACAGACUGUUCGUGUUUGACAAUCCUGGUGGCGACCGUAGUUUAAAUAAAACAGAAGCUGCGGAUCAAAAAGAUUACUCUUCCAAGAAAUUCAUCACUGGUUUACAGGAACCUGCAAUCUUAAUUAUUCUGGAUUCACAUCAAACUUUGUUUAGACCGGAGGAAAUCGAGAAUAGUCGUCUCUUUGAAAGGGGACAAAUAUUCAAAUUUUCAGGGCUUCCCGAAUUUGCCAUCAGUCUCUAUAAAUACCACAAGCUCUUUUUCUGACCUCUUCAAUCAGAGAACUUAUAAGCUUGCUAUUUACAAGAAUUAGCGAAGUUAGGUAGUGAAAAUUUCAGAAGACAAGUCCAAAAUUUCGAAAGGUUUAAAGUUGGUAGAGAAUUUGUGAAAUCUAUGACUAACAAAUAUAGAAUGGAUAGCUUCAAUUGCAAGGCUGUGUGCCCUAGAACUGGAAGGGGAGAGGCAAAUCAGCAUUCUUUUCAUAAUAGUUUGCCUUGGAAAUCUAAGAUUUAUGUAGGGUUGGGGAAGUCAGUAGGGGAUUUGAAAGAGCUUUUGUUCCAGAGUGACGUCUCUAUUGUUGGUGUGCAUUGUAUGGGCGGUGGUGGAAAGACAACUUUGGCCAUGGCUUUAUGUGAUGAUCCCGGUAUAAAAGGUCGUUUUGGAAGCAUAGUUUUUAUAAUAGUUUCAGAAUCCCCAAAUCUGAAGGGAAUUUUAGAGACCAUAUGGGGGAAGAUUGUUGGGGGGAAGGUACCUGAGUUUCAGAAUGUGGAAGAUGCACAUAUACAGCUUCAGCAGCAGCUUUUAAAGCAGUCUAAGCCAACUUUGGUGGUGUUGGAUGAUGUUUGGUCCAGGGCUAGUUUGGAGAAAUUACUAUUUGAAGCUCCAGGGUACAAAACCCUUAUCACGACCAGAGACGCUUCUACCAUCCCCAGAAACGCAUCUACUCGGCUGUAUCGAUUGCCAUUGUUGAACGAAGAGGAUGCUCUCUCACUUUUCUGCUUCUCCGCAUUUGGACAGACAUCGAUUCCAAGUACGGCAGAUGCAAAUUUAGUCAUAGAGGUGCAAGCCGAAUGCAAGGGUUUACCUCUUGCUCUUACAGUGGUUGGAAACUCUUUGUACGGGGAACCUCAUGUGGCAUGGGAGAAUGCAAAGAGAAAACUUUCCCAGGGGCAGCCCAUAUCCACUUAUCACGAAGAAAGGCUUUUUAAAUGCUUGAAGACCAGCAUUGAUUACUUGGAUGAUGCUGGGAGGGAAUGUUUCUUAGACACAGCCUCAUUUCCAGAGGACAAGAAAACUUGUGUUGAUGCACUGCUGAACAUUUGGGUAUAUGUACGGAAGAUGGAGUGGCAGGAUGCCUACAUUAUGUUACUAGAACUUGCGAGAAAAAAUCUCCUCAAUCUCAAUCAACGAAGUCGAACAACAAUCUCGUAUGGAUGUGCCUCUGAGAUGUUCUUUUGGCAGCAUGAUGUGAUGCGAGACUUGGCCCUGUAUUUGGGAUGCCAGGACGAUAUAUUCUACAGAAAGAGGUUACUCAUGCCCAGGAAGGAGGAUAACCUACCAGGGGAAUGGGAGUUGUGUAAAGAUAGACCGUUUAAUGCUCAAAUUGUCUCUAUUCACACAGGUUCUAUGGCUGAGAAUGAGUGGAAAUGGAAUGGGAUGAAUCUUCCAGAGUCAGAAGCUCUGGUGUUACACUUUUCUGCAAGAGAAUACUUUCUUCCUCCAUUUCUGAAAACUAUGAAGAAGCUAAAAGUUUUAAUAGUAUGUAAUUUGGGUUCACAUAGGGCCACACUAAAAGGUCUGGAUGCCUUAUCUUCACUCACUCAACUCAGAUGUCUUCGCUUGGAGAGGUUGGUUGCACCUACUAUUCCCAAACAGAGCAAAGCAAUACAAAACUUAGACAAACUUUCUCUAAGCUUAUGUGAAGGGUUUAAAAACAUGUCCACAUUCAAUGACACAAACCUGCAAGAAUUAAACUUGGACCACUGCAGCGACUUGGAGGAGUUGCCCCUUGCCAUCUGUCAUAUGCCCUCUGCUCAGAGAUGGUCUGUUACCAACUGUCAUCUGGUUGAAAUGUUACCACAUAAUCUCGGAAGUCUGAGCUCUAUUAGGAUGUUAAGAUUAUCAGCAUUACCAGCCCUGAAAGAGCUUCCGACAUCAAUUGGUAAACUUGAGCAGUUGGAAUAUUUAGACAUUUCACUUUGUGAGGGUUUGAAAGAUCUUCCAGACGAAGUAGGACAACUCAAGAAAUUAAAAGAAUUUGACAUGACAGAGUGUUCUCGUUUGAGGAGGUUGCCUAAAACUGUAUGUGGACUAAGCUCUCUGAAGCAUGUUAUCUGUGAUGAGAAGAUUGGGAACCAGUGGUUAAAAGCUAAGGCCAUUUCUAUCCCUGAACUUAGAGUGGAAAUUGUGGAACCACAAUUUACUUUGGAUUGGCUUGAUGACUGACUUUUUUCCACACUCUUCACAUAAUUGAAGCUCCAAGUGACAGGGAUGACAAAAAUAUUGUAGCAUUUGUUAGAAGGUGAUAUAAAUCUUCUUUUAACUUUUUGGAAAUAAGAAGUAACUUUGUCUGUCACAUCCCGUAGAAAUCUCUUUAUAUACUUGUGAGACACUCCUAGCUCUAUUGUAAUUUUGACUAAGGUGGAACUUAUGAUUGUAAUAUGUUAUCGGAUCUGUUUGUGCAUAUAUGCAUUGUGUUAUGUACUAUCGAUGAUUAAUAUUAAUGAAUAUGACUAAGUAGUUGCUUUA